AAGUGUAUAUUUUCAGUGUGUUUUUGUGUGGACUCGUCCUUCAGCUGCAGUUAAUAGAGACGGUGUUUGCUGCAACAUGAUGAGGAUUUUAAUGGAGCUUUCUCUCUCUGGAUGUGAUUCGGCUGGAGUGGACUGAGUCCGGUUUCUGUGUCCGUCUUUCCCCCAUGGAGGACUGAGUGAGGUUGGGAUCCACUCCCCUGCAGGCUGCCGGGGACAGAAGGAGCUCCACACCGACGGGAAUACACCCCGGUCGGGGACAACAGCGUCGAAAAUGGUCGGUGUUUGCGGCUCAGGAGGCUCCCUUUGCCCUCAUGUGAACGCGGACGAGGCGCGUCCAGCCGCCGGGGAUGAUGGUGAAACCAUGUGGCUGACCAGCGCUCCAUAGCCUCCCCUGUCCCUCGCCUCCCACCUGAUCACCUCUCCUCCUCCAUCUUUCCACUCCACCUCCUUUUUCCUUCCUUCUUUUCCCUCCUGUUCGCCAUGACGACCACCCUGGAGAUGCUGUUGGCCCAGCCUGACCAGGAGCUGAGCCCCGAGCGGCUGGAUGGCUGCGAGGACUCUGGUGGCCGUUACAAGGUGGUUCCCUCUGUCGUCUGCUCAAUGUGCUGUCUUUUCGGCAUCAUUUACUGCUUCUUUGGCUAUCGCUGCUUCAAAGCAGUGAUGUUCCUGACGGGCCUGAUGUUCGGCUCCGUCGUCAUCUUCAUGCUCUGCUACAAGGAGCGCGUGCUGGACACCCAGCUGAGCGUGGAGGCCUCGGUGGGCAUCGGCCUGGGCAUCGGCACGCUCUGCGGCCUGGUCACCAUGCUGGUUCGCAGCGUGGGCCUGUUUAUGGUGGGCCUGCUGCUGGGCCUGCUGGUGGCCGUGGCCACCCUGGUUGGCAUGGAGGAGCUUUCCGACAGCCCGCCGCGCUCCGUCUGGGUGCCCCUUGGCGUGCUGCUUGGCCUGGGCAUGCUGUUUGCCGUGCUCACCCUGCAGUGGCAGCGUCUCUUUACCACGCUGUCCACAGCAGUGUUCGGUGCAGCGGUGAUCACAGUGGCUGUGGACUACUUCGUAGAGCUCUUCGCCCUCGUGUUGUACAUGUACGAGCGGAUGAAAGCUGCACCUGGAAAGCCUGUGUGUUGGCUGACGUGGGUGGUGCUUGGGGUGUGGCCUGCCCUCACCCUUCUGGGUGUCAUGGUCCAGUGGAAGGUGACCGCUGAGGGAUACUCCCAUACCAAGGUGAUCAUCAGCCGGCAGCAGAGGAGGAUGCAGGUGAUGCGGAUUCGUCAGCGAGACGACCGCUACCGCAACAAGAAGAAGAAGAAGCAGCAGCACGGCUCCUCCUCCCAUCAUCACCACCAGGCCAAGCAGCUCCACCCAGAAGCCGCCUACCGCCGCAAACCCAACCCCAUCCGCCGCUACGACACGGACGUCCUCUCGCCGAGCUACAUCCAGAGUUUCCGAGACCGGCAGGUGCAGGCGCAGCCCUUCCCGGGACGGCUGGUCGGCGGACCCCAUGCCGUGGUGGAUGUGGGCUACGACUGCGGCUCCACGACGCCCCUCACUGGAGCAGCAGGACCUUCACUUCGGGUCUGACCACUUCUCCACGUCCCCAAGGCCUGAACACACCACAAACCAGGGACAUACAUGACUCUACAAUCACUACCACACCUGGGUGUAAUCACACCUGUGAUAGGACAAACCACCACUGGGUUUUAAUGCAAAGAUUCUGGGAUUAAAUACAAUCUGGGUUUAGCCACACCCCUAAGAGGACGAAAAGAUGUUGAGGGCUGGAUUUACCUGAAACGCAAACAUAUUUAACCCUUUACUAAUUCAGUUUCAGAUGAUAAAGCUCAGCUGUCCUCGUGGAACCUGCUGGGGCCGUCAGUGUGGUGCAGAGGUUUGGUUGACCUCUUUUCACUGUCUCUCAGUAGAUUCGAACGCACAAAUGUUUGCAUGCACUUACACAGAUACACACCGCAGCUACAAUCGUAAGGGUUGACGUUGAAACCCGAAGCAGUCUGCUGCACCCAGCCCCGACCUGUAUGUCACCAUCUCAAGUCAAACCAGAUCAGGGAUUGGAGUUUCAGUGCAAACCCGCCUCAGGUUCAAACACAAGCAUCGUACGAAAAAUUCAAAUACAACUUUGCCCUCAUUCAGCGUUCUGUUUCUACUGCUGUGGCCGUUUGCUGCAGAAGCAGCUCGCUCCUCAGCCUGUAGGCCUCUGAAACGCCCAACAACGUUCGUCUAUAAAGGGAAGUAAGGGCCCUUAAAUGCACACCAGGAUCCUUUAUUUGCUUUCUGUGCCAUGUGGACUAAAAAAUCCUCUUUCAAAUGGAGGGAGAUGACUUUAAUGUUGUUUUUAAAGGGGGGAAACCCUUCGUCAUCCUUGGUGCUGGACGAUACACUACUUCAAGCGUCUAACUUCUCUCUGAAGGCUGGGGACUCUGUUUAAACGGGUGCCUUGCCCCUCCGUGGACUGGACGGAUCAGUGACAGGAGGGGGGUUACUGGCAGAUCUCCCAUCAGUGGCUUGUUUUUGCAUUAAAUGUGAUCACAGGAGGGGGGUAGCCAUGGAGCUACAGCAAGCAGGGUAGAAAACACUGGAGUGGCAUUGGCCUGUUGUCUUCACAGAUGCCUGGAUAUACGAGGAGGAUUUGCUUUGAGUCGACAGCAAGAACGCCGUAUUUACACUGGCACCUCUGAGAUUUCAGCCAACACGUUUUCAGGCGCAGACAAACAUAUUCCUGCGAUUGUUUUACAUUCUGGAUUUCAUCACUGCAGUGCAAACUGUUCGUUCUUUACACAUCUGUGCCGAGUAGAAGUAAUGUUUUUAUUCCAUGAGCAGAGAUGAAAGAUGUGUUUGACUCUUUCUACCAUCUGUCGUUGUGUAGAAGUUUCUAUCUGAAGUUCCGUUUGCUCUGGCACAGCAGCUAAUGCAACGAUGGCCGUGAGAAGCUGACAAGUCGCCUCCAUGACUGUGAGUUGUGUCUCAGACUUUACGUUAGUUGCGUCGUAGAAAUAUUUUCUAUCCUGUAAGUUCAGACGAGCCUCAGACGUUCCAAUUUUUCCACGACAUUGUGACAAACUAUCAAGCUUUAACUCCUUUUGCGCCCUCUUCUCGUUAAUCAAGCAAAUUUCCCGAAACUAAAAAUCUGGUCAGACGCGUGUGAACUGAAAUUCAGAAAAUCAGAUUUCAGGCGGAGGUGUCGGUGUAAAUAAGGCUCAGAGAGUCUGAGUGAGAAAAGCGGACUGGUGGCCAUACCAACUUGUACUUAGACCAACAGCUCCUUCCAUCGUGUGCAUUGAUUUUCUUUAUUUGGGACAACAUAACAUUUUUGUCAGCAGUGAAAAUGUGAAUACUUUCUCAGCUUUAGCUUCUAAGAGGAAAAGCAGACAGGUGUGUGGGGAGGGGGGAAUGUACGCUACAUUUUAAUUUGUCCGUAGGAAAACGAAGUGCAUGAUCUCACCCCUCCAUCCCGUCCCCUGAUCCGCCCUGCGUGGCUUCGUUUUGGCUCCCACCAAACUCCCCCCACCCCUUCAUGUGCAUCGAUGUGAAGCUUGUACAUAAAACACAGCACUUACUAACUUAUUUUGGUAUUUUCACCAUUUUCUCUUUUUCUUUUCUUAGGCGUCUAAUUGAAUUUUUCCAGUGGGAUGUAUUUAUUUGCUGAAUUAUUUAUUUCUGUAUAGGAGAGUGCAACGUCAUCACUGUAGGCCAGUAACUCCAUGCUUUUUUUAAACUGAAUUCUGGCUAUGAUUAUUAAAGCAUGUGUUCCUAUGGGCCUGUAAACCA